AUGCCUAAGCGGCCUACAAGUCCCAUCGUGUCCUCUAUGGCAUCCCGACAAAGUACAUUUGAUUCAUUCACACAACCUAUAACUGUCAUCGAACAUUCUGGUGACGAACAUCAAUCAACAAAACGCACACGUCUCGAUAUCGGAAAGGAUUUGAUCUUUCCCUCACAUAAGCCGAUAACCGAAAAGCCAAUUGGUGAACCACACAAUGAAACGAAGAUACCUAUCAAAAAAUUAGUAAUUAGGACUUUAAAAGAUAAACCAAAAUUACCUGAUAAUUUUGAAGAGGUUACAUGGGCAAAGCUCCAAGCAGCUAUUCGUGCGAUUCAUAAUUAUCAACCUGUUAAUGAUAGUCUUGAGGAGCUUUAUAAAGCAUGCGAAAACCUUUGCUUACACAAAAUGGCCGACAGGCUUUAUUCAAGGCUUCAAGAGGAAUGCGAAUCACAUCUUUUAAAAGAAAAAGAAAAACUUGAUUGUGAUAACUCUGAUGAUGAGGCUUUCCUUCAAGUAGUAGAUCAAUGUUGGCAAGCACAUUGUAAACAAAUGGUAGCUUAUUAA